AUGCACGGCGCUUCCGACGCAGAGGUGGCGCUGCAUCCAGCUCGAUCGGAAGCCUACCGGCGCGCUUGGACCAACGCAUACAGUAGAGUCGACAAAGAGCAAAGGUUGGCGAGAGAGUCCAGUGACAGAGCGGCUCCCACGGCGAGGCAGGCGGACUGGUGCACCUGUCAAAGUGGCCAGUGGCGCGCUCGCUUAGGCAGCGGCGGAAAAACGAGUCCAGAAUUCCCAGACAGGAAAGAUCUGGAACCGCAAAGCUCGUUGCGCUUCAUGCACGUCCAGCUCCCCGUUCCAUCGCUCCUCCCGCAACCUGAGACACGCUCACAGUCCAGUCCACGGCAGCGGCCGAGUAAGGCUGCUGCAGCUCUUGCAUCCACCAGAAAAUUGAAUCGGCCCGAGCUCGUCUCCCACAGUUUCUCAUUGGGCUCGAGCCACUCCUCGGCCUCAUAUCGCGCAGCGCUACCAUCGCUAGUCCUUCUUAAGAAGCCACUUGGCGUCCUCGACGGCCCCGGCUCGCACCGACCUUUCGUCAACGACGCUAGAAGCGCGGCUACAGAGCCCCGUGCCCACAAACAAACGCAUACAUCCGUUUUCCACUCGCAAGCCAACAUGUCCGAGCUCAACAACGAUCCCCUCGCAGGCGCCGCCACCGAGGCAGCUGGUGCAAGUGUCGCGCCCGCAAAGAUCGUGACCGCACGCAAGAUCUCGCGUGGAACCGCGCAUGCGGCUCCCGUCAGGCACUACCGCUCCAACUCCAAGUCCAAUGCUUGCCAGCACACCGCGGCCGAAGAGGCGGGUGCAGGCGCGCUCACCGACUCGCCUCGCGUGCUGCCCUCGCCCGUGCCUCCUCCCGCUUCGGCGCUCCCACCCACGCCCACCCUCGCCUCGGCCGCAUCGCCCGCCUCCAACAGAAGCACCAGCCGCACCAGCCGCACCAGCUCGUUCGCCUCCCCUAGCCUCCUGUCCAAGAGCAUCCGCAAGACGCUCCGCCACCUCAGCGCAAGCCUCACCCCGCAGGAGCGCAUCGAACUCGUCCAUAAGAUCAACGCCGACCUGCGUCCUCCGCACACCUCGACCGUCGUUCUUCCCUUUUCUCGCGCGCCUCGUUCCGCUACUCCUUCCCCUCAAUCGCAUCCCACGAUCGCGGUCAAGAUGGACUCGUCCGCCUCGCACGCCUCCGAGGACAAGCGCAGCAGCUCGUCGUCCAGCUACGUCUCGAGCAGCGACGAUGCAAUUCCCAUCCAUCCGUCCGAGCUCCGCAAGACUGCCGCCGCUGGUGAUGAUUCGCUGACGCCGAGUGCGGCGCUCGAGAGCCUGCGCGUGCUGGAACACAGCUUUGAAAAGUCGGCGCCCAACUCGCCCAUGGAUGCCGCCUUUACCAAGGACUCGGACCACUCGCAGUCCACCGUGGUCACUUCACCCAAGGUCAAAUUAGGCGCUGAGGCUGCUUCGCCGCCGUCGCACAAGCGCAACAGCUCGUACCGCAAAUCCGUGCCUACGCUCGACGAGCUCCAAGGUGGCACCAAGCGCGGCGUCGUGUCGAGCGAUGGCAGCCGUCCCGGUUCUUCGAUCGCCUCGUCCGAACGCGUGCCCAGCCCGACGAGCGCCACCACCGAGACGCCCAGCUGGAUCUCGUCGCUCACCACGCUCGAGGCGAUCCGCGUGCUGGCGUUCCAGCAGGCGGUGAACGAGCCUACCAGCCCGUAUGCUGCCACCGCGCCGGCGGCUGAGGCGGCUGCAUCGCAUGAAGAGGUCAUGGCACUGCGCUACUCGCUCUCGUUCUCGCUCUCGCGCGCCGACAAGCUCGCAGAGUCGCUCCAACGCGCCAACGAGGACAAGCUCAAGCUCGAGACCGAGCUCGAGAUCUUGCGACGCAAUGUGCUGUCCAUGCUCGGUAGCAGGAACAUGUUUUCCAGCCCUGUUGCGUCGCCGUCGCUGCCUGGGUACGAGAGCGCAGGUAGGCCGUUGGCACGCGACGAUAUUGUCGAAGAAGAGGCGGAUCCGUUCGAGCAUGCUCAAGCCAGCAACGCGCCGCCUGCUGCUGCUGCACAGGCCAAGACUACGAGGGUGGCAGCGGCUGUGUCGCGACCUCCUCGCGCGGGUCGGGCGGCCACGGCUACACAAUCUGCUGCUCCCGGCCCAGCAGCCGCGGGUGGGGGGGUGAGCAUUGCGAGUCUGCGCAAGAAGAACGCUGCCUUGGCUGCAACGGCAUCUAGUGCGGCGCAGCGUUACGAGCCGCCUUCGCGCACCACGGCCGACGAUUACGAGACCGAAGACGAGGAGGACGAAUUCGACAUGUAUCCGUACGGCGCGCCUCUACGCAAGAAGGCGCUGCCGGAAGUGUCGAUGACCGAUUUCCUCAAUGCGUCGCGCAUGUCCAAGACCGAGAUCGACCAGCACGAUGCACGACGCGAGCUGGAGCGCGACGACCAAUCGUCGUACCCUGCUUCCAUCGCCUCGCAUUCUCCGCUGUACGACUCGCGUGGUGACGCCAACCGACGUGGCUUCUUCAAGGGCAUCACCAAACUCGUCGAUGACAGAAGCAAGAGGCUCUCGAGAAGGACGAGUCUGGCAUCGAAGCCCAGCAUUGGGUCGAUUGGCGCCCCGCUAAUGGGGAGGACUGCUUCGGGGUACGAUAUGAACAAGCGCAACAAUGCGUUUGGUAUGCAGUUCGAAGAGCAGAGCAUCAUCCCCAGCGCAAGGGGCAGGGGCAAUAUUUCGCUCGAUAGCUCGUUGCGCGAAAGCGUCGAGCGUCACUCUCUCCGCGACGCAGGCAUCCUCGCCUAA